CUCCCUCAGCAACCGUUUCCUCGACGAACACAAGUACUGAAACACCUCUCUGUUACACUCUGAGCUACUGAGCUGGAGCUUUUAACAAGUCACAAGGAAUACUUGACGGUAUGCUACCAAGCUGUGGACCGGCCUUGCUGUCGAAGUGAAGCUUGCUGUCAACAUGGCCUCCGGCACUGUGGACGCGCGAACUCUGACAUCACGAAAGCGGGGUAUUCGGCUAUGCAUGCUUGUAUCGGAGAGCACGUCCUGCAAAUAUGCAUAUCGGUUCCUCAAGGCCUUUCUGAACCCCGCCCUAGAUGAGAUCCACCUGGUGUCCGCCGUCAACACCGAGGAGGGCCGCGCCGCAGCAGUCAGCCGGCAGCGGGACCUGGUGGAGGCGGACCUGCAGCACCUUGUGCACCAGCAUGUGGUUACAAAGGAGGAUGACUACACGCUGUACGAGAGCCUGGGCCGGUAUGUGGCCGCAACGGUCCAGCCGCAUCUCAUCCUGAUGAGCAGCAACAACCUGUGCGCCAACGCCCAGAACUCCGCUGCCCCCAGCCGCAUCAGCCUGUUAGGCGGUACCUCCUUCGCCAGCAGCACCAGUACCAGCGGGGCAGCAGGGGGCGGGGGCGGCGGCGGCGGGGUAUCCUUAGGUGGGGGGCUGGGUGGUGGGCUAGGCGGUGGCGGGCUGCCAGGCGUAGGCCCGGGCGGCAACCUGCUGUCCAGCAGUGUAGCCUUGAAGAUCCUGCCCGAGCUGCGGUGCGCCCCCGUGCUGGUGAUCAAAUACAACACAAAGGGGCAGUGGCUCAACGCCGCCGCCGCCACCGCGCCCUGGUCCGCCCUGGCCGCCACCUCCACAUGGGUGAACGCCGCCCGCACCGCCAGCGGCAAGACCCUGACCAGCAGCGCCAAGCUGCUGGGCGCCACCGGCAGCCUCACCCCGGGCGCGGCGGCGACCCCCAUGAAGGUGAUGGUGGACCUGCAGGCCAACAGCAGGGGUGUGCUCGAAUGGCUCUUCGAGCACUUCACUGCGGGCCGCGACCACCUCAUGCUCACGGUCUCUAAUGCAUUUGACGACAAGCACAACAUCAAGCCUGCUGCCCAGAAGCUGCUGACGUCGUUCGGGGUGCAAGCCCACGUCAACUCCUUCCAUGCGGACAAGACCAUGUUGGCGGGCCCCUCCAACCGCAGUCUGCCCCAGGCCGUGUUUGAGGCGGAGCCGGACGUGCUGGUGUGCCAGGCGCCGCGCAUGCGGGGUCUGCCGCCGCCCCUGGUGGAGCUGCUGUACGCGGCCAAGACCAGCUUCCUCAUCUGGCCGCCCGAGUACGAGGCGCGGACCUCUCAGUCCGGCGGCUUUUGAGGCAGCGGCGCGCAUACGCCAUCUGCACAUGCGACUGGGCCAACUAAGCAGCGCGCGGUGCGGUGAUCACAUGAGGCACGGCUGGGGCUGCCUGGUAGAUGCUGAUCAGAUCCACAGAGCCACUGUUGGCGCGUGAGUUCGGCAUGCAUAGGCAAAUAGAGUGUCCAUCCUGCGGGGUCGCGCUGGUGUUGGACGCCGUGCAUGGCAUAUAUGGCAGCAAUACAUGGUAAUGGUGGGGUGUAGGCAGCAGCAGUGCUGAUAAAAAGGGCGGAAGAGCAGAAGGGCAUGCAGCACGGACCAAUGCUCGAGCCAUUGGGUGCGGGCGUGCGCUGUAACUUGACUUAGGUAAUGCAUGUGGUGAUGGUGUCAGACGUGCUCUGAUGUGUACUGAACAGCGUGACCACUUGCCCAGGGUGAGGAACUGGCUGAACGGCGGUAAGGCGCGGCUCCGUGCCAAACAUUCGCCAAUGCUCGCAGUGAGAGCCGCCCGCACCACAAUUUGGGAUUUGAGGUCCAUCUUCCCCUUGACCACGUACAGAACGGUAUCUUGUUCUC